AUGUUUAAUGCUCAAUUAAUUAUUAACAUUAUUGCUAAUGAUGUCAAGAGUGCUCCUAACAAAUUGCUAUUAAAACUUGAUAAAUUUUUAACUUGUAUCAAACCUAACAAUACUAUUAUCAAUAGUUCUACAGAUAGUAAAGAAAUUGAAUUAUAUCAUGAGAGUAAAAUCAAUUAA